AUGGCUUUUAGAGGCGUGUUUCUUCAGCUAAUCGAGGACGAGAACGCCGCAGGUUUUCGCGUCGUGGCGUCCGACACCAAGCUUACAUUGCCUCCACGCCCCUACCCGGCGCGCGAGACAUUUCUGACCAAGUGGAGCCAGCAGAAGCUCGUGGUGGCCGACGCUGUGACUGACAAGUUGCUGCAGGUGGCGCGUUUGGCCACAGUAUCGCUGCAUCGCGACGAGCGGUCGAUACUAUGGGGCGUCACGGCCCCAUUCGUACCGGCCGAAAGUCGAACGGUGGGUGCCGCGCCCCUGGACAGCUAUGCGGACGUUCCUCAGGCUGUCAAGAAGACGCACGUGCUCACAGCCGCUGCCAGUAGCAAGGAUGCGGCGUCUCUGGCAGCGGCUGUGGCUUCCCCGAGUGUAAUUGCUGAGGGGAACGCCCCGCAGGGACUUACGCUUCGACCUAAACGGGGUGCUGAGCCGCCCACGAGGCUCUGCUACUGCUUCCACUUCCGCACUGACUUUGAGUACGAGCUGUUCGCACGCACACUGGAGGCCUUUACACGCAUGCAACGAUAUGCAUUGCUGCAAAACUCAGUAGUGAUGGAGAUGGAGAUCUCGCAGGAACACAAGAAGCGGAAGCUGGACGAGGGCAUUCGCCUGCAGGCCACGGCUGACAAAACCAAGAAGCGCGAGGAGCAACUGGCGCUGAUCAAAGCCAAGAAGCAGGCCAAGAAACGGGACAAAGAGCAGGACAAGACACUCGUACAAGCAGAGACAAAGAAAAAAACCAAAACCAAGGGCAAAGCGAAGGUGAAGGCUGCUACGCCCCCGAGCAAGAUGAUCUGUGUCCUGUGUCGCAUGCAGAGGAAGCCUGAUGCGCCAGAAUAUCCGAAACAUCCUUUCGUGCUGAAGGUUCGUGUCAUCGAACUCAGUUCGAGAAUUCCUGCGGUGAUGCUUUUUGCACUUUCAGAAACCGGUGAGGAAUUUGCUGCGCUAGAAGACCCGUUGAUCUGA